AUGGGGCAAUUAUCAAUCUCCGAUGACUGCUUCAGGGCCCAGCUUCGGGCCAAUAUUGAAGCCUCGGAGCAGAUAUUGGAGACCUUGGGUUGUAUCAAUGACCAGUCCCGCAUCGACACUCCCGAUUUAGCAGGGUCAAGGCAACCAGACACCUCGAAUCUAUUCGAACGGGGGCGGCCGCGGAGGCCUUCCACCUUUACCCAUCGACAGAGAGAUGGCCAGUCGUUUUCAGGUCCUUAUUCAACGAUGGGAAAUGAUCAAAAUUACCCAGACUCUCCUCCCACAGAUCCGCAGGACAGUAUCAUAACCAUGUUGGUAAUCUCGAUCUAUCUACGCCUGCUGCACAACUUUGACAUCUUGGUGUCAAUCAUGUACAUGCGCCUCACAGAGUUUGGACCGACCACGCGCAACUCUCAAAGCUCGACAUCGGGCCUAGAAGUCCCCAAAAAUGAACCUGGACCCAGCUAUAACCCCGCGCUGCAUGUUUCAAUGGGCAAUUGCUCCUUUUCUUCUCCCUCCACAGCAUCGCUACAAGUACUCUUCAAUGUGCAAUUGAUCAACACUUUUCUCGCGAAGGUAAAGAUUUCCAUCCAGCGCAUGGUUUCACGGCAGAAAAUAUCGGAGGCAUUUGGGAUGGGUCACGAUUUGUUCAACUCUGCAUUUUCCAAUGGGCACCAACAUUCGGCGUCUUCGGCUGGUGUGCCUGGGUUACACUACCACUAUCACGGAAUCAGGCAUGAGACGCCGCCAAGCUCCUCGCAUGGGGCCCCGCGUCCUGAUGAAGGGGUCUUUGCCGCUGGAAUUUAUAGAGCGGUUCGGGGAGUUCUGGGGGAGAUUGACCAUAUGGAAUCAAGCUUACAAGGUAGAGCUGACUCCAUCCAACAAUGGACGAUUGAGAAGACUUGA